UGUUGUAUAUAAAUAUCACUCGUACUUCAAACUUUAGAAGCAAGAAAACACAAAACAUACAAAUUCAGGAACAAAUUAAUCAAAUCCAAACACAUUCGUCUAAGAUGACAAAACUCAGCAUCAAGAUCGUUGUCGUCUUAACCGUUGUAGCUGUGAUAUAUGCGUCUGUGCCUGUAUUUGCUAUUGAGGAAGGGGAACCGAAACAGCUCUGGGAUGAAUGUCUCACAAAAAUGUCUCCAAAAUGUACGUUGGAUAUAGUCGAAGAGAUUUUCUGGAACGGAACGGUCUCCGAUGCUUGUUGUCGCGAGCUUGUCCUAGAGGGAAAGGUCUGCCAUGACACUCUAAUCAAAUAUAUGGCGGAUAGACCAAGUUUCAUUGCUCGUGAACCCGAAUAUCUGGCAAAGAAAGAUGCUUUAUGGACUCGUUGCGUGUCGGUCAAAACGACCGUUUAAAUAUCAAUCAAUUCUAAAGUAAAAAAUGUGAUUUCCACUAAACAAAUUGUGUUUCUUUUCUUCCAGUUCGCAACAUAUCAAACUCUAUAAUCUUCAAACAUAUAGUUUUAUUACAAUGAACACAUUGUUUGAAAACAAAUCUCCAAAAUUAUCACAUGAGUAUGUCCCAAGACGCAGUUUUAACUUGUGUCGACAUCAUAUCUAGGUCAAGAUAACACCUUUUGGUCCGUACAAAUGAACCAUCACAUGUUCCAAAAUAAAAGUUGACAAGGGCAUCCAACAAAAAAAAAAUCCCGACCACCCAAUUAGAACAAGCAACCUAAUUUAACCAAAAAAAAAAAGAACAAGCAACCUAAGGAUUGAUCCGCCUCGGCUAUAGCCCCCUCCUAUAUAUCGACCAAAUGAACUAAGUGAUGUAUCAAAAGGCUUAAUCACUCAAACUUGGGUGGACUAGUGGUAAGAGAACAUGAAAAACAUGUUUUCAUUCUAGGUUCAAAUCUAAGUGUGAGGAUGCGCAUUCACCUGGGCUUCCCCUCCUCUGUGAGAUGUAGUCGAGCCAAAGGUACGGUAAACUUUCGGAUUAUAAAAAAAAAAAAAGCUUAAUCCCCCACUUUUCUGUCUCCCACUUUUCUGUCUUGAGCAAUAGCUCCUUUUUUGUCCCCUCGCAAAAGCCCUUUGGGAAAAAGAGAAAAAAAAAGACAUCUAUCUUAAAUGUGAAGAACACUAUGCAUACGUACACUACAAUGGCAUAUAUAGAAAUAAUACUUUAAUUUAAAAAAGAGGGUUUUUUGCUAAAAGAAAUUGAAGUAAAAAUCUUAAAUACAAAUUACGCAAUAGCGUUAUGUGAAUUUUCGAAUUUCAUUCAUAUUCCUAAAUAAUCCAACCGGAAAAAGAAAAGAGGAAUAUUCAUUUCAGCGUUGUGAUGAUCUGUAAUUGACCGAAGCAAGUCACCUUUAUCAAACAUUAUUGUUAUCGAUGAAUUCGUUGCCAUUGAGAUGUCACUUCAUUAGUUAACGAAUAUAAUUAAAGUAAGAGGUCCUCUCAUUAAAUAAUAUUAGCCAAUACAAAAAGUCUAAUUUGGCCAACUAAUCCACAACUAGUUUAGCAUUA